AAAUAUGACACAAUGCCUGUUUGUUUGCAAUAGCUGCAAGCCUCGUAGCAGAGAUUCAAGUGGGAAACAGAGGGAGACCAGCGGGGGAAUUAGAAACUGUGACGUCGUGUCCUCCCUCCUGUGCCGGAGCAAGCAAAGAAAGGAGAGGUAGAGGAAAAAAGACUGAGCCUUGCAACCAACCAUCACCUUGGCGAUGUGUCAGUCAAACACCCUGCAGGGACCAGAUCUGCAUACAGGGAAAUGGCUGCGUUCAGGGAACGGCGGCAGCAGCAGCUGUGCCGGGGACCAGCACUCACAACUGGACAGUCCAGGCCCGGCUGGCUCUGCCGGUGGUACACCAAAUAGGAGAACUCGUUUCAGGUUGCAAUUUCCCCAGCUGGCCCUGAGGCGAAGGUUGGGCCAGCUAAGCUGUAUGUCUAGGCCUGCUCUGAAACUCCGUUCUUGGCCUCUGACUAUUCUCUAUUACCUUCUGCCUUUCGGUGCUCUUAAGCCCUUGACCAGAGUGGGAUGGAGGCCUGUGAGCAGGGUUGCUCUGUACAAAUCGGUACCAACUCGACUGCUCUCACGAGCAUGGGGUCGCCUGAACCAGGUGGAGCUGCCUACAUGGCUUCGGAAGCCUGUUUACAGCCUGUACAUUUGGACAUUCGGAGUAAACAUGAAGGAGGCAGCUGUUGAAGAUCUGCAUCACUAUAGAAACCUCAGUGAAUUCUUUCGCAGGAAGCUGAAACCACAAGCACGGCCAGUCUGCUGUUUGCACAGUGUGAUCAGCCCCUCUGAUGGAAAGAUCCUUAAUUUUGGACAAGUAAAGAACUGUGAAGUGGAGCAAGUAAAAGGGGUUACUUAUUCACUGGAAUCUUUCUUGGGACCUCGCAUCAGCACAGAGGACUUGCAUUUUAGGGAGGCCUCACCUGGUAACUCCUUUCAGCAACAGCUAGUCACAAAGGAGGGGAAUGAGCUCUAUCAUUGUGUAAUCUACCUUGCACCAGGGGACUACCACUGCUUCCACUCGCCCACUGACUGGAAGGUGUCACACCGACGUCAUUUUCCAGGCUCUCUGAUGUCUGUGAAUCCUGGAGUUGCUCGCUGGAUCAAGGAACUGUUCUGCCACAAUGAACGGGUUGUCCUUACAGGUGACUGGAAACAUGGAUUCUUCUCUUUAACAGCUGUAGGGGCAACAAACGUGGGCUCUAUCCGCAUCUACUUUGACCAGGACCUGCAUACCAACAGUCCCUUUUAUUCAAAAGGUUCCUACAAUGACUUCAGCUUCGUAUCCAACAACAACAAGGAGGGAAUACCCAUGAGGAAAGGAGAACAUUUAGGGGAAUUUAAUCUAGGUUCUACUAUUGUACUCAUCUUUGAGGCACCUAAGGACUUCAAAUUCCACCUCAAAGCUGGACAGAAAAUCCGCUUUGGAGAAGCCCUUGGCUCUCUAUAGAAACUCUCGCAGCAAGAAGGUUUUAUAUGCAAAGGGACUUUUAUCACAUCACAGAGUUUCACUUAACAAGUGUAUAUCACUCAGCAGGACCUGGGUGAGAAAAAUGGAAGAUGUCAUUGCUAUGUUCAACUUUGAGAGUAUUUGGCCUAUAUUUACCUAUUGCUGCUGAAUGCAGAAAGAGAAUUGAAUGAACAUGUAUGUAUCAGGUACUGCUGCCUUUAAAGAUCUUGACUAUGGAGGUUUCUGUCCUACCCUGUGCCUGUAGUCUGAUGUUCUCCCCCUCAAUGUGCCACAGGAUAUCUAUGUUCACAGAACUUAAAACUCCCUUUCUAGCCUUCCUAGACCAUGCAGGUGCAAUGGGGAAGGGUAGAAGUAGAGAUUAGGUUUAUUAAAGGGACAUUAAGAAGUUGAGUCAGACCUCGUACCUUAGAUCUGCUGUAUUUCUUUUUCAGACCUUGAGUAACAAAUAUAUUCUCAUCUUUAUUCUAAAACACUUCUCUGAAGUCCUUGUAUAAAACACAUGGAGAGCCAUUAACUAGUCCAGUUAAAUGGACUAUUAUGGCUUCACAGUCCAAACUAAGCAAAAUGCACAGACUGCAUCAGAAAAGUAAGUUAUACAUCCAAUUUAUUUCCUAACAUUAAACAACUUUAAUUCUUUUACUUAACAACAUCCCUUGAAAAAUGGACUUUGCACUGCAUUUUAAACCUGGAACCACUGUGUCUACAUUCCAUACAAUGAAACUGGUGAUAGUGGAUUUUUUUUAAUAUUAGCUGACAGGUCCAUAUGUCCUGUUCCUAAUGACCAUGCUUUUAUUUUGCUAUUCCAGGCCUUAACAAUCUUGUUUUUAUUUAAGAAAGAGUUCACCUCUUGAAUUAAGGGUUGGAAGACACAGAGGAUGUUUCUCAUGUGAUGCUAUGUAUCUUCAGUGUUGCUUUGUCAUUAAAUUAUUGAAGAAUAGUUCCUCUAUUUAUAGGGCAGUUUCAGAUACUUCAGGACCAAUUUUAACGCAUGGAGUGCAAUACCAUACAUACUGACAGUACAUUACAAAGAGCAGCUCUUGGAAGCAAUCCCAGGUUGCCUCCCUGGUGCCAACUUGGCCAUCCUAUAAUGCACUGGCACCUAUUUUGUCUUAUCUAAAAUAUAAAAAGCCACUCCUACUCUGACUUCUGUCCUCAGACUAAUUUUGCUAGGACUGUGCAGGGGCCUGAGAGCUUUAUGCUGGAGCUUCAUCCUACAGCAGAACUUCAGAGCCUCACGGUAACUUAACAUCAAGAAGAGUUAACAAAACACCUUGGAUCUCUUGAGCACGGCACCAAAAGCCCUGACCCUGGUGCCAAAGUAAAGAAGAAGAACUCUGUUUUAAAGCAAUGUAUCAAUUAUUUUUAGAAAAUAAACUGUUUCAAGUCCAGCCGCUCAAACAUUUUGAGUUGACAUUGCUGUCCAGCGCUUGUGGGAGUGGACAUGCUUAUAAAACUUGCCUUUUUGAUCUCUGAAGGAUUUCUCAUACUACUUUCUUGCUUGAGCCUUGGGUGUUUUUUCUGCUACUUCAAGGAGAUAGUAGGCUUUGAUCAGCUGUGACUUCUUUAAGAAAAACUUACCUUCUUUGUAUGCACUGCAGAAAAUAGAAUAUAAUUUUAUUGUACAAAUGUCCAGUUUGCCAAGUCCUGUAUGCUUAGCUUGUCAUCAGGAAUGAAAGGAUGAUGAACUGUAUGUAGCAACGUAGUCCAGCCAUGACUCUAAGAUGAUGGUGGCUGCUCAGGUGACAAGCAGGAGAAAAUUCAUUUGGCUCUGAGAGUCAAUGUUUCCUCACUUAACAUGGGGAGGAGUUUGAAAGCUUGAAGUGGCUGUUCGCCACCUAUCUUGUUAAAAUUCUUGGCAGUAGCAAGUUUACUCCUGCAGCAGUAUAUUACCACAUAUAGGUUUCUAGAAAUGUGCACUUUUAAACCACUGAGAGUAAGAAAUACUAAGGCAAACAUCAGCCACAGAGGAUUCAACUGUGACUAGCCUCAACUUCAAAGACAUAUUUAUAGCAGACAACAACUUAGUUCCAGUGGAUGAGAGAAGAGAUAAUCUCUUCUCCCUUCUCCACUGGGGCCUAUGGCAUCCAGAUGUAGCCAAAGCAACUUUAAGCUUUAAUUUCUUGCUACUCAGCAUCAUCUGCAGGAUCUGAAGGUUACUGUUAUUCAGUAAUGGAGGAUGUAUUAAAACAAACAUCUGGUAACCUAAGUCUAAGAAGUGGGAGAGGAUUCAGCAAUGCAAGUAGCUGGUUUUGUGAAGGUCUUAAUACUGUGCAGAGCUAGCUGAUUAACAAACAUUACUUGUGCAGUGAUCAGCAAUUGCUCUGGAGCUGGAAGCAAAGUUCAUAGAGGGUACUGAUAAUGCUGUGAAUUUCUCCUGCAUGGAGAAUCCAUUGAAUUCUUCAACUGUAUCAGUAGCACGGUAUUUUUGUAUGUCAAAGUGUAUGACUAAAUGACAUUAACUCAUUUAAUUGCAAACAUUUUGAAAUAAAGAGUCUUAUCUGUGUUGCUUAUCUUUCUGAAAUGUCAGGGUAACCUAAACUAGGUAUUGUGAGUGCAGCAUGAGGUAUGUUUAGCUCCUGAUUUGUUUGUUUGUUUUUUUUUUUUAACCAGCUAUGGUCAAAAUAAAACAAGCAAGAGUAUUUAAA